GUCUCGGACGCUGAAUGGAUUCCGUCGCUUAUUGCGUAUUCUCGCUUCGCCUUGUGAAUCAUGAGUUUUGACCUUUGGGGUUCGCAGAGGACAUCUUUGUGUUCUUAUUUUAUUUAUCGUGAAGCUGCUUACCAAGUGCUCAAUUUGUUGCAGGAGGUUGAAUUAGCUCUGCCUCGUCAUUGAUUGUUUAUGUUUAGGAAGUUGGAGUCGCUUCGAAAGUUAAGUUGCCCUUGCAUUGGUGAUGUCAUGCAGUGGUACAGAGUUGGGGUUAAUUUUGCGACGUAGGAGGGAGGAGGUUUCGGACAUUUUAUAAAAUUUUCUGUAUUCUACUGGUGACGAGGUAGAGAUCAUGGCUACUAAUUUAGUACCCCAAGUUAUGAACGCCUUGGAGGCCACGAAUUUCUACUUCAAGCGCGCUGUGAAGUUGCUGGGGUUGGAUUCGAAAGUAGAGCGGAGCUUGCUCAUCCCUUUUCGCGAAAUCAAGGUUGAAUGUACUAUUCCCAAAGACGAUGGAACUCUGGCAUCCUACAUCGGAUUCCGAGUGCAGCAUGACAACUCCCGUGGCCAAAUGAAGGGCGGCAUUCGAUACCAUCCUGAGGUUGAGUUGAAUGAGGUGAAUGCUUUGGCACAGUUGAUGACAUGGAAAUCUGCAGUGGCGAACAUACCAUACGGGGGAGCGAAGGGAGGCAUUGGAUGUAACCCCCGGGAUUUAAGUCCAACCGAACUUGAACGAUUAACGCGAGUGUUCACGCAGAAGAUCCAUGAUGUCAUCGGUCCUCAUCUUGACAUCCCAGCCCCGGACAUGGGUACCAAUGCUCAGACUAUGGCUUGGAUUUUGGACGAGUACUCGAAAUUUCAUGGGUAUACUCCGGCCGUCGUAACUGGUAAACCGGUGGACUUGGGAGGGUCUCUUGGGCGGGAAGCUGCCACUGGAAGAGGUGUGCUAUAUGCAACAGAGGCUCUGCUUAAGGAUCAUAACCUCAGCAUUAGGGGCCAAACGUUCGUUGUCCAAGGCUUUGGGAAUGUGGGUUCUUGGGCAUCGAAACUUAUCCACGAAAAGGGUGGAAAAAUUAAGGCUGUUAGUGAUGUUACUGGAGCCAUCAAGAACAACUCUGGCAUUGAUAUAACCGCGCUUAAUGAACACGUGCGGAUGACCGGAGGAGUCAAGGGGUUUGAAGGGGCUAAUCCUUUAGAUGCAGCUGCUCUGCUCGCUGAGGAUUGUGACGUGCUUAUUCCUGCUGCCCUCGGUGGUGUCAUUAAUGGUGAAACUGCCAAGGAUGUGAGUGCGAAGUUCAUCGUAGAGGCUGCAAAUCAUCCUACGGAUCCUGUUGCAGAUGAGAUCUUGGCGAAAAGGGGAGUGAUUAUUUUGCCUGACAUCUAUGCUAACUGUGGAGGAGUGACAGUCAGCUACUUCGAGUGGGUUCAGAACAUUCAAGGAUUUCCUUGGGAGGAGGAAAAGGUGAAUACCAACCUGAAGAAGUACAUGGAGAAGGCAUACCUCAGCAUCAAGAGCACUUGCCAAACUCACAAUUGCAGUCAUCGGAUGGGUGCUUUCAGCCUUGGGGUGGGGCGGGUCGCCAAGGCUACUCUACUGCGUGGCUGGGAAGCUUGAUUACGGAUUCAUAUUCAACCCUAACUCAUUCCAUUCAUGGCUUACUGCCACCCUUGAAGGAGCCUUGUACAGAAUGGAUGCUUUAGAGUCUUCACAACGUAGAAAUGAACAAAUUAUAGAUUGUAGAUUGCAGGUAUGUGACCAAGUCAUUGUGGCAUGAGGAUUGCAGUGAUCAGCUAGGCCCUCGGAAUCGUUGUAGAUGGGAAUUUGCAGGCAAAGUGACACCUGCAAGCAAGCUGGUAUUCUUGGAAAACAUUAUGAUAAACAUAGUUAGAUGGAAUUCAGAUAUAACGCCAAGGCUUGAAGGUUCUGAUUGUCGAAUUCUCUGCAAUACGUAGAGGGUACUUGACCAUUGAUUGACGAGAAGUCUUUUCUCUCUAAUUUGCAAUA